AUUGCUGUACAGUCCCGAGAUUAUCGUUUUUUUAAUCUAUAAUUAAAACAAAGGCCAACCAUUAGGUCCGAAACGAUAUAAAUACAACGAUUUUUUUUAACGAGACAUUAAUUUCACUAAUCAUGAAGGUAUUAGCCGGUGUUUUGUUGUUAGCUGUUUUGGCUCAGGCCAUUGAUGAUGACUGGAGGACUAUUACGCCCAGGAACGUCUACCCAAAAAUCCCCAUUUUUGAAGUUCCUGGUGGUGAAAGAAUUGUUGGCGGUUAUGAAGCAGCUCGUAACUCCAUUCCGUACCAAGCUGGUCUUUUCAUUACCACCCCCGCCGGCACCUUCUUUUGCGGAGGAUCUUUGAUCUCUCCAACAACCAUUUUAACCGCUGCUCAUUGUGUCGAUGGGGCUUCUUCCGUUCAAGUGAGACUUGGAGCUCACAGUGUAUCUGCCGUUGAAAGUACUCAAGUUCGUAUAACAUCAGAACGAUUCACUGUCCAUAGUGGAUGGGACGCUGAUACUUUAUUCAAUGACAUUGCUUUGGUUCAUCUUCCAGAAGCUGCACCAAUAAAUGCACCAAUCCAAACUAUUCAAUUACCAUCUGGGGACACAAGCGAUUUUGCUGGUGUUUCCGCUAGAGUUAGUGGUUGGGGCAAAGAUUCUGAUCAAGCUGCUGGUAUCAGCCCCGUUUUACGUUACGUUUUCGCCCCUGUUAUCACCAACUCUGAAUGUAGCAACACUUUCGGAUGGUACAUUACAUCCGGACACGUUUGUAUUCGUGGUACUGGUGGAAUUGGAUCUUGCAGCGGUGACAGUGGUGGUCCAUUGGUUGUUGAUGGUGUUCAAAUCGGUGUUGUCUCCUUUGGAGCAGCCGCUGGCUGUGAAUUAGGUUACCCAUCUGCUUUCACAAGAGUAACAUCAUUCCUUGAUUGGAUAUCAAGUAACAGCGAUGUUCUAAUUAAUUAG